UGAGCAGUUAUGAACAUCGAAGAUCUUUCUGUCAUGAAAUUGUAAGAGGAUGCAUAUUUCAACCUCUAGAUUCAAUGCUCAAAUACUUCUAUCUUCACACAGCAGUUCUAUCCGAAGACAUGGAAAGGUUCUUCCACAAGUUUGUCUAUAUUAAGUUAUAGAUUCUCCAAAAAAGCCAUGAUUUUACAGAUAAAAUGCGUUUUUCUCAGUCCAGGAACAUUUGUGUAAAUAAAUAAUGUGUGGAAUCAGCGCAUAGAACUGCAUCGAAUGAUGUAUAACUCAUUUUCUAAAUGAGAAGUUUUUCGACAAAAAUUUAGGUAAAAAGAUUCAGUUGACUUCGAUGCUAUAUCAACAGAAGAAUUAAUUGAAAUACAUCUUCAAUGUGAUUCGUCAAUAAAGUAUAAAAUCAAUGCAUUUCGUUCAUCUCUUUUACAAGAUAUUCUCAAUUCGGUUGAUGUUUUGAAAUCUUGUGAAGUAGCAAGUUUAGAUGAUAUUGCUAUUGUCAUGAAAAUAAAUGAGCAAAACGAUGAAAUUAUAACUGAUUUUAAUCAACCAUUAUCGAUAUUUAAACUAUCAAACGAUGCAUUAAAUUUCAAAAUUUGUUCAUUAGCCUCUAUUAGCGCAUACGAUGGUAAAUAUCAUACACAAAUUAUAACACGUGAUUCUAAUUUAACAAUCGAAAAUAUAAUACAAGAGACAUGUCAAGAUUUUACAAUUAAUAACUGUUAUUAUUUGGCUGUAAUUAAUACAAUGAAAAUCAUUAAGAAUUAUAUAAAAUACAAUCAAUUAAAUAAAACACACUAUUACCUUCUGAAUAAUAAAGAAAUUUAUAUCGUUUCAAUUGAUAGUAAUUUAAUAGCAAAACAACCAUCACAUUAUAUAACAACUAAAAUGUUAAACAAUUAUUUAAUAUUUUAUCAGGACAAAAUUUAA